AUGGAAAGUGUAGCAAGAGGCAAAGGAAAAAAGCAUUUACAUGAUAGAAUUUUUGUAAAAAGACCAACUUUAUGUUGCUUUUGCAUUAAACUUCGCCCAGGUGUAAUAAUUAUAACAGUUUUGUUAUUGGUAGCAUAUGUGUCUCAUUUACCAAAAGCCGCAACCAUAAGUUUUGGUGCUCUUUACGUUUUGGUGAUUCCUGUUGCCGUAUUUGGUUUUUAUACGUUAUCUAAAUUUAAGGAAAAUCCAAAUUUAUUACAAACUUACUCAAGAUUAUUUUGGUCUUCGGUAGCUCUUCUUAUAUUGCUGCACCUGACUGAAUUGAUAUUUUCUUUUGUAUGGCGUAAUGAUAUAAUCGCAGAUUGUGAAAAAGAUAUAAAUUAUUUAGUACCUUCAAAUACUAGUACUUCAACGAUUCCCUAUGACCCACAUGCACCUGAUCAGUCUGUGAUUAAUAAAGCUUGUAAUCAAGGUGUUAAUUUGUUCCUAUUAUGGUCAUCUGUAAAUUUUUUAAUUUUUAACUUGUUACUUUCUAUUUAUUUCGGUACUAUAGUUGAAGCUUAUAGUAGGGAACAACAGAUUGAUAAGCAUGAACAGAUUGAUGAACAGAUUGAAAAACAAGAACCUAUCUCUUAG